AAUUUAAAUAUGGUGUCGUUUUGCGUUGCGAAGAAGUGGUCAAAAGUGGUAUAUAAACCAUUAAAUUGACAAGAAAACAAAGUGAAGACCUUUCAAAAUUGAUGCAUUAGCCAGUCGAACUAUACUUAUUGUUUUCAAAAAUGUAUCUCCAACGAAAAGCAAGGAAAUCCUAAGUCUAAACGUGUUAAAAAAUGACGUCCGUUACCACGCGUGCCUUUGGCAAGAAGUGUUGGAAGCAACAUGAAUUUGUUGCACAUGGUCACAAUGUCAACUGUCUUGCCCUUGGUAGAGGUACUGGUACACUUAUGGUUACAGGAGGUGAAGAUAAGAAAGUUAAUAUGUGGAUGGUUGGAAAGCCCAAUGUUAUUCUGAGUCUCACUGGUCACACAAGCCCAGUUGAAUGUGUACAAUUCAAUGAUGGUGAAGAUAGUGUUGUUGCUGGCUCACAGUCGGGAACUAUGAAAAUAUGGGAUGUUGAAGCUGCUAAAAUUACAAGGACACUCACAGGGCACAAGUCUAGCAUCAAGUGUACAGAUUUUCACCCUUAUGGCGAGUAUAUUUCUUCAGGGUCAAUGGAUACGAAUGUCAAGCUGUGGGAUAUCCGACGUAAAGGUUGUAUAAUGACAUUUAAGGGACACACAGAUGUUGUCAAUCAAGUGAGAUUCAGUCCUGAUGGGCGAUGGAUUGUCUCUGCUAGCAAUGACAGUCGAUGCAAGUUAUGGGACCUGGCAUCAGGUAAACUGCUGUCUGAAGUGAGUCAUGCUGGACCUGUUAAUACUGUCGAGUUUCAUCCAAAGGAAUUUUUAAUGGCAACUGGCAGUAAUGAUAGAACAGUAAAAUUUUGGGACUUGGAAAAAAUUUGUUUGGUUUCCACUACAGAACUUGAGUCAAACCCAGUGAGAUCCGUUUUGUUUCAUUGUGAUGGACAUUGUCUCUUUAGUGGUUCAAUUGAUUCUUUAAAGCUAUAUGGCUGGGAACCUGUGAGAUGUUUUGAUAGUUGUACAGUUGGUUGGGGAAAGAUUUCUGACAUGGUUUUUGCUUCUGGAAAACUUGUUGCAGCAUCAUUUUGUCAGACUAUAGCUUCAAUAUGGGAGGUUGACUUUCAGAACAUCGAAGAAAUGAUUGAGAAUUUUGAACAACUUUCAACAAAGAAUCAUGAACCACAUGAAGCUAAGAUUUUGAACCCUCCUAAUCAAAUCAAAGCAAACGAAGAAAAGAAAGUUAGUCCUCAGAGAAAGGUGUUUGAUUCAAAACGACCUGCAACAAGCUCAAGCAAAGCACGCAAAAGUAAACUGGAACAACCUGUUGAUAAAAAUCAAGUACGCCAGCAAGGAGUACACCACCCUCUGAUUACGGAGAUGUUUUUACGCCAAAAUCUGUUCUUGAGCGAUCACCGAUUCGAUCAAGACAUCUUUCGCUGGCAAAUGACAAUGAAAAUGAUUCCAAGUCGACCUUCAAGGAACCUCUUCAACCUACUGCUUCUAAUAAACCAGAAAAUAAUGAUAAAAUGGAAAGUUUGCAGAAAGUUACCCCGGAAAAGUUCAGAAAAGCCAUCAGAAAAAUCUGUGAUACAUAAAAGUCAGGAGACAGAGGUGACCCCUGUCGUCAAGGGAAAUGAAAAUGAAAAAGAGGUUUAUGUGAAAGAAAAACCCGAUCACAUUCCGUCUUCUAGCAAACCAAAGACGUUGAUACCAUCUGACCGCGAUAAACCAGCUGGACUGGACAUGCACGAGUUUUUACCAGGCAACGAUUCACCUACGCAAACGAAUUAUCAAGAUUCGCAUUUUGCACCAUCCAUAAAGAUUAGCGAGGAGGAGAGAUUAGAUAGCAUAAGGAAGGGACAUAUUUCUUUUACCGCCGUGUUAACGAAUCGUCAUCGAAAUGUGAACAUGGUGUGGCGACUAUGGAAUGAUGGGGAUAUAAAGGGAGCUGUGCAAAUUGCUAUAAAUAUGAACGAUCAAUCAACUUUGGUGGACUUUCUCGGUGUACUCUGUCUUAAGCAAACUCUUUGGACGCUCGAUAUCUGUUCUGUUGUCCUUCCAAGUGUGAAUGAAUUGCUUUUGAGCAGAUAUGAAACCUACGUUCAGACCGGUGCGUCAAUCAUCAAACUUGUUCUGAGAAAUUUUUCCCCCGUUAUAAAGAGUAACAUGGCUGCUCCCCCCGUCUCUGUUGGUGUUGAUGUUGUCCGAGAGGAAAGGUUUCAGAAAUGUCAGCUGUGUCACGCACAUUUGCUGGCAUUACGUAGUGUUAUCAAAACGAAAGUGAACGUGUCUGGAAGAAAUGGUAGCUUGUUUCGUGAGUUAUCUCUGCUUCUGUCUUCCUUGGAUUGAAUCAUUCUCACGUAAAUAAAGUUCAACAGGUGACAUUUAAGUCUUGUCAUAUCCACUGGCGAUGGCUGCUCGCGAAAGACUUGUGGAGAAUGUUAUCGUUCUUGCCUCCAAGUUCUCAGGUAUUUGGUAACCUGAUUCUUGUGAUGCCUGAUUCUUACAUCCGGUUAUAAAGUUUCACUGUGACGUAAUGGUCGUUACAUAUUUUUCUUGUUAUAUUUUGAGACGUCUGAGUAUUUGUAUAAAAAAAACAAUGAAGAGGUUUAUAACCCAUUGCUUGUUUUUGCUCGUGUAAUUUAAGAAUUUUGGAGUCGUGCAGUUUAUAAGAUAUUCAAAAGAUGUAAAGGUCUUAACUUAAAUGUGAUUGAGCGAUAGUUCCCUGGGAAACACAAUGUCAAACUUGUAAAUAUCUUGCUAAAAGGAUCGAUUAAAUAAAUUUCGUCAUAUUUUUA